AUGUGUCAGCUACAUAUUUUUCAAUAUCUUGACGAAGAAACUUCAAAACCUCGUGUAUACUCUGGAGCUAUAGGAAAAAUGUUGGAGUUUUGCGAAAAAUUGCCCGUUGUAAAUUUUGUUCCUAAUGUUAGUCCUUUACCAGAAUCAGACGCUGCAGCUAUUAGGAAUCUUAGCACUGAUCAAAAGUACUUAUAUGAAAUGUGUCACUUAAUUUCUAGAGGAAACUGUUCGUUAAAUCUAGUAGUUCGUAAUUUAGCACCACCUCUUUUGAGUACUGCAACUGAUGUAGAUAUCAGAGAAUUUAUAAACGAUACAGGAAUUUGUCCUGUAGAUUUUUUGUCCUUUUCCUGCCAUACACAGGCAAUAGAGAGGCGCGUGAAGGUUGUAACAGAAGCUUCCAAUUCUGUUAUCAGCUAUGACUCUAGAGAUGGAUUUAUUUGUGCAAUGAUUCAUUCUAGAACCAUACUACCUCAAUUUAACACUAUGGCUGAAUACAAUGCAUGA